AUGGUUCGAGGAAGAGAUGCCUGUUGGGAGCACUGUAUCCUUGUUGAUGCAACAAAACAGAAGGUUAGGUGUAAUUAUUGUCAGCGGGAGUUCAGUGGAGGGGUAUAUAGGAUGAAGUUUCACUUAGCUCAAAUAAAAAACAAAGAUAUAGUCCCCUGCACAGAAGUCCCGACCGAUGUGCGAGAUCACAUUUUAAGUAUAUUAAGCACUCCCAAGAAACAGAAAACUCCCAAGAAACCAAAGGUGGAUAAGGCACUUGCAGCCAAUGGUCAACAGAAUAGCUCCUCUGCUAGUGGUGGCUUCCAACCUAACCAUGGGUCUAGUGGACAGAAUGGAAGCACCUGUCCAUCUUUGUUAUUCGCAUGCCCUUCACCAAUUGCACACCUACCAGUGGAUGAUGUUCAAAAGCAAAAGCAGGAUGUGGCUGAUAAAAAAAUUGCUGUGUUCUUCUUCCACAACUCUAUCCCUUUUAGUGCUGCUAAAUCCAUAUAUUAUCAGGAAAUGGUGGAUGCUGUGGCAGAGUGUGGGUUGGACUACAAAGCCCCGAGCUAUGAAAGCCUGAGAUCUACUCUAUUGGAAAAAGUGAAAGGUGAUAUAAAUGAUUGUUACAAGAAAUAUAGAGAUGAAUGGAAAGAAACAGGCUGCACUAUCUUAUGUGAUAGCUGGUCUGAUGAUAGGAACAAAUCACUUGUAAUAUUCUCGGUUACAUACCCUAAAGGGACCCUUUUUCUGAAGUCAGUCGAUGUAUCAGGUCAUGAAGAUGAUGCUACUUACUUGUUUGAGCUGAUUGAGUCUGUCGUCUUGGAGGUUGGUAUCGAACAUGUUGUCCAAGUUAUAACGAAUACUUCUGCCAGUUAUGUUUAUGCGGGAAGGCUUCUUAUGGCCAAGUACAAUUCAUUGUUUUGGUCUCCUUGUGCUUCUUAUUGUAUUAAUAAGAUGCUGGAGGAUAUUGGUAAACAGGAGUGGGUGAGCACAGUUCUGGAAGAGGCAAAGACCAUUACAAGGAGGACAAUUUAA